UGAUAACAAUGGUGAAUUAUUUUUCAAGCAAAUUCACCUGUGGUGAAAUGGUGAAAUUGCAAGCCAAAGGAAACGCUUGUCAAAGCUGUGGUAGGUUCGGAAGAAGCAACGAAGAAGAAGUGGUUAAAUAAAAACUGUCAACAAAUCGGCCGGUAUUUCUUCAAGACAAGCUUAAACAUAUUACUGACGCAAUCGAAAGUUGUAUUUGCUUGUGAUUUUUGAAUAAAUGGAUCCGAUUAAGCGUGGAAAAAAGAGUGGCCUGUUCAGGAAGCGAUCUUUGGCAAAGAUAGCAAAGAUUGAUAAGCUGUUACAGGCCGAAAAUCAACCCGUCCCAAGCACGAGCAGGGAAACACAAGAUCCGGAAGAUGUUCAUCCUGUGGCGGAACAAUCGAUCCAAGAUUCAUCAUCCUUGGAAGAUCUAUCAUCCAUCGGAGAUUUGCCAAUAGCAGAGGAGCAGGAAGUGCUAAUUUUGGAUGAUGAUGAGGAUAGCGAUAUUUCGGACUACAUCAUAACGGAGAGCGAUGAAGAGGAUGAAAAUGAUCCGGACCUUGUUGUUGAAGACGAAAUCAACCAAGCUCUUCAUUUGUUUUCCAAGCGAUUGAGAGUUUGGGCAUUAUCACAUAAGAUUACUCAUUCUGCUUUAAAUGAUCUUCUCGUUUUAGUUCGUGAAACUACGGAUAUACAUCUGCCUAUAGAUUCCAGGACUUUUUUGAAGACUCCGAUAGGCGUUGGGAAUGAAAUUUCAAGUGUAGCUGGCGGGCAACUGUGGUACCAAGGAAUUCAAAACGCGAUACAAUAUUGUUUUCCAAAUAUGACCCCUGCUGUUGACGUUAUAUCAAUAAAUCUGUUCACAGAUGGUUUGCCGUUAUAUAACAGCGGGCCAACACAGCUAUGGCCUAUUUUGAUGCAGCUUCAUAACGUCCCGGAAGCUCCGAUAUUGGUGGUUGGAGUUUUUUGCGGUUUAUCUAAACCGGAUAAUGUGGAACAUUAUCUGCGCCCACUUGUAACGGAAUUGAACCAGAUACUGGAAGAAGGAAUAAUUAUUAACACGAAAUCCUUCGGUGUCUGUUUUAGAGCGUUCAUAGCAGAUUCCCCGGCACGAUCCUUUAUAAAAGGAGUUACCUCUCACAACGCUACUUGUGGUUGUACAAAGUGUGAAAUAGUAGGACGAUUCGAUCACGUUGCACGGACAACUGUGUAUGAAGGUGUUGCAGCAGAUCGAACAGACGCGGAAUUUCGACAGGGGAAGUAUAUAAUAGGGCAUCAGAAACGACUGACACCGUUAUUAGAUAUAAGAGGAAUAGAUAUUAUUAAGCAGGUUUUAGUAGCAGAUGAACUACAUUUACAUCAUCUAGGAGUUAUGAAGAAACUUUUAAAGGGAUACACAGGAUCAUUAAAAAGAUUUACGGCAUUAACAGCAUCAGAACAGGAGGAAAUGAAUAGGGUCUUAGUAAAAAUUCAGCUUCCUUCAGAGAUACAUCGAGGAGUUAGGUCGUUGCAGUAUGUAAAAUUUUGGAAGGGGACCGAAUUCCGUUCAUUUUUAAAUCAUAUUGGCAUUCCUUUGCUUCGAGGUAGAAUUCAUGACUCCGAUUACGAACAUUUUAAACUUUUUUAUGUUGCACAAACUUUGCUUUCCAACCAAUAUUUUGAAAUUUACUGGGAAUACGCUGGACAAUUACUACAAAAAUAUGUUGCCGAUUUUAGUUCUGUUUAUAGUAGAGGUCUUUUAACGAGUAAUGUACAUAAUCUUUUGCACGUCCAUGCAGAUGUUAGUAUGUUCGGUCCUCUUCCAACAAUUUCAUCAUAUCCGUAUGAGAAUAAAUUGCAGUUCAUCAAACGUCUAGUUAGAACAGGGCCUAGAACGCUAGAACAGGUGGUUUGCCGGCUAACCGAACUUAGGGAAGUAGAAGUUGCAGUCAGUCAAGAGCUUAAGGUUUAUCCGCAUUUGAAAAUUAAGUCAGGGGAAGUAAUUUUGCACAUUAGAAAGGAUUUUUUGUUAAGACAGGGCAAUAGGAAUGGAUGGUUUUUGACAAAGGACAAAGAAAUAAUUAGGUAUUAUACUGCGACACAAGAUUCAGAAAAUGUUUACAUAGAAGGUCAUAUACUACAGAAGAAGAGUUUAAGUUUCACACGUCCAUGUAAUUCAGACAUAAUAUUUAAUUUUGAUGGUAGAUUAGAUGAUUUAUCGAAUGAGGUAGCUAAAAUCAAUGUUGAUAGGGUGAUGUGUAAGCUAGCAGCAGUUUCGGUAGAUGAAGGAAUAAGUUAUCAUUUCAGUCCAUUACUACAUACUUUAGCAGACUAGGUUAGAUUCAAGGUUUUGUUCUUAUUUUCAGAUUUCCCACUCUAUUGGUAAAUCGUUCUAAUUGUGCUAUCCAAAAACG